CUUUAGGAGAAACGAAACCAUUGUGCUAUCCAGGAAAUGAAACUUACCAAUACACCUAUACGCGUUUUAGCAUUCACUUUACCGGUAAAAGCAAACUGAGCAUCACUUCAGUCAGUCGAGGAGUCUGAAACUUUGUUGUGAAAAGAAGGAUUUCUCUUUGGGCGUUAAUAAGCAUGGAGAAGUUGAGUUACACGUUCAGUCAGCAAUAUGAGGAGAAAAUUCGCCCUUGCAUCGACACUAUCGAUAAUUUACGGUCUUUGGGAGUCGAUAAGGACCUCGCGUUGCCUGCCAUCGCCGUCAUUGGAGACCAAAGCUCGGGAAAGAGUUCGGUUCUGGAGGCGCUGUCAGGAGUUCCGUUACCCAGGGGCAGUGGAAUUGUUACACGGUGCCCUCUCGAGCUCAAGAUGAUAAGAAUUAAAGACCAAGAUAAGUGGCAUGGGAGAAUCAGUUACAAAACCUAUGAAGAAGACUUCGAUGACUCAGCGGAAGUGGAGAAAAAGAUUCGUGAGGCCCAAGACGAGAUGGCUGGAGCAGGUGUUGGUAUCAGUGAAGAACUCAUCAGUCUGCAGAUCACCUCUGCCAAUGUUCCUGACCUCACUCUCAUCGACCUUCCUGGCAUUGCGCGUGUGGCCGUCAAGGGUCAACCUGAGAACAUUGGAGAUCAGAUUAAAAGACUGAUCAGGAAGUUUGUUACAAAGCAAGAGACAAUCAACCUGGUCGUGGUGCCAUGCAAUGUUGACAUCGCCACCACAGAAGCAUUGCAGAUGGCUCAAGCAGAGGAUCCUGAGGGCGAAAGAACUUUAGGGAUCUUAACAAAGCCAGACCUGGUGGACAAGGGCACUGAAGGGACAGUUGUAGACAUUGUGCACAAUGAGAUCAUUCACCUCACUAAAGGCUACAUGAUUGUAAGGUGCAGGGGACAAAAAGAGAUAAUGGAUCAGGUCACUCUUAAUGAGGCCACAGAAACAGAGAAAAUGUUCUUCAAAGACCAUCCUCACUUCAGCAAACUCUAUGAAGAGGGUUUUGCUACUAUUCCCAAGUUGGCAGAGAAACUAACAAUUGAAUUGGUUCAUCACAUUCAGAAAUCUCUACCUCGCCUAGAAGAGCAAAUAGAGACAAAGCUGGCUGAAACACAGAAGGAACUGGAGGCAUAUGGCAAUGGGCCUCCUUCAGGACCAGCAGAAAGACUCAGCUUUUUCAUUGAUAAAGUUACAGCUUUCAAUCAAGACAUGCUCAACCUGACGACUGGGGAGGAUGUUAAAUGUACUACAGAUCUACUGCUUUUUCCAGAACUUCGGGAAGAAUUUGCUAAAUGGAGUCACAUCUUGGAACGUUCUGGGGAUUCAUUCAACAAAAAGAUUGAGAAAGAAGUUGAUAACUACGAAGUCAAGUACCGGGGAAGAGAGCUACCAGGAUUCAUCAAUUACAAGACCUUUGAGGGGCUUGUCAGGGACCAGAUCAAGCUGUUAGAGGAACCUGCGUUAAAGACACUGAAGACCGUCUCUGAUGUGGUUAGAAAGAAGUUCAUCCAACUGGCCCAGUGCAGUUUCAUUGGAUUCCCUAAUCUUCUGAAAAUAGCAAAGACUAAGAUUGAAGGCAUCAAGCUAAACAAAGAAUCACUGGCAGAAUCCAUGCUGAAAACCCAAUUCAAGAUGGAGCUCAUUGUUUACAGCCAAGAUGGCACAUACAGCCAGAGUCUAAAACAUGUAAAGGAUAAAUUGGAAGAGAUGGAAAAAGAAGGGCCUCAAUCGAUAAUAAAACUGCCUUCAGUUUUGAGUUUCGACUUUGGCACAGGCAAUCAUGCCACCUUGCGUGAGAUGAGGUUGCACCUUAAAUCCUACUACACAAUUGCAAGCAAGCGUCUAGCUGACCAGAUCCCAAUGGUGAUCCGCUACAUGCUGCUGCAGGAAGCUGCUUUGGAGCUGCAAAGGAACAUGUUACAGUUGCUGCAAGAUAAAGAUGGUGUAGACAACCUGCUUAAAGAGGACUGUGACAUUGGCCAAAAGCGGGAAAACUUACUGAGCCGCCAGAAACGUUUAAUGAAGGCACGCAGCCUCUUGGUUACCUUUUAGAAAUUACUUUCAUAGUUGACUGCAACAUUUUAAUGCAGAAAAAUCGUAUGCUGGCACUGAAGAAAAUGAUCAGCAUUGACAGCAAAGUAUGCAAACAUUCCUGCCGUUUUUUUUUAAAUAAAUGUUACUGAGGAAACGGUUUUUCAAAGCUAUCUUUGUUAUUUAAAGUAGCUCUUGACUACUGUCAGAAGCCGUAUAUGACUUUUGGGACAUAGUAAUUUUAAGUACAAAUUUAUAAGUGUCAGAACAUUCAGGAAAUUCAUGUCACCUCAGUAGUCUAUAAAUAUAAUGACUAUUUAAUGUUUAUAUGUUACAACCAACUUUUCAAAAGCUGCUCAACUACUUAAUGCUUUGUACCAGAAAUGCUGCA